CGUCAUAUCAAUCGAUAAAGUCCGCCAUUUUAAUCUCAGUGUUUACUUCAUGAAGUGAUUUCAAGAAAUCUCUUUUCUAUAUUUGAUUUCAAAUAUUUCACGAUAUGAUGCAAAUUCUGAAAUUUAAUUAAAUAAAGUGUUCAAAUUUCAAUAAGCCAUUCACUAGAGCAUCAACUACAAAAUCGUAGUUUGAUAAGGUGCUUUCGUUAGGAAAUAAUAAUAAUAAUAAAAAAAAAAAAGUUGCAAAUAUGAGCAACAUAUCGAUACCCUACACGUGUAUUACAUGUCGAGUUGCUUUUAGAGAUUUAGAAGUUCAAAGGCAACAUUAUAAAUCCGAUUGGCAUCGUUAUAAUUUAAAGAGAAAAGUAGUUGAAUUACCACCAGUGGGUGUUGAAGAUUUUCAAAAACGUGUUAUUGCACAACGCGGAAAAGAUGAUCAACUUCAACAAAGUCAAGAAAUGAAUUGCAAAGCAUGUAGAAAAAAUUUUAGUACACAAAAUCAAUAUAACAAUCAUUUAUUGUCAAAAAAACAUAAAGAUAAAUCAGCAAAAGUUUCAAAUGCUAAUUCGAAUGAGGAACUUAAUGAUCAAUCAUCGUCUAGUGGUAUUAAAAAUAAUGAUAAUAAUGAUGCUGAUGAUAAAGAUGAAAAAAUGGAGAAUAUUUCUGCAAAAAAGAGUAGAAUCGAAGAGAAUAUGGAUACAGAUUCUGAUUGUGAAUCAGUUGAUUCCGAUGAAUGGAUGAACGAUACGGAAAAUCCAGUGGAAAAUAAUGAUUGUCUAUUUUGCAGUCAUCAUAGUCGAUCGUGGGUACGAAAUUUAAAACACAUGACGGAAGCACAUAGUUUUUUUAUACCUGAUCCAGAAUAUUGUGUAGAUAUGAGAGGAUUAUUAGUUUAUUUGGGCGAAAAAGUCUUUGGUGGAUUCAUGUGUCUUUGGUGUAAUGAUAAAGGAAGAGCAUUCCGCAGUGCAGAUGCAGCGAGAACGCACAUGAUUGACAAAGGUCAUUGUAAAAUGUUACACGAAGGUGAAGCAUUAGCUGAAUACGCAGAUUUUUACGAUUAUUCAACAAGUUAUCCAGAUGCGGAAGCCAAUGAUCCAGAUGCAGAAGUUGAAAUUCCCGAAUUAGAGGAUAAUGAUUAUCAAUUAAUUUUACCAUCUGGAAGUGUUAUUGGUCAUCGAUCAUUGAUGAUUUAUUAUAAGCAAAAUAUCGAUCCAAAUCGACCACUCGCAAUAUCAAAGAGUAAAAAAUUAAGUAAAAUUUUAUCAAUGUACCGUGGUCUUGGUUGGGUUGAAACACAAAAGGAGGCAGCUGCCAAGAAAGCGAGGGACAUCAAAUAUAUGCAGAGGGUCCAAGCAAAAUAUUCCGUAAAACUACAAUUGAAAACAAACAAAUUUCAACGUUACUUUAGACAACAAGUUAAUUUCUAAAUCAUCAACAAAUAUUACAAUUUUAGUGUAAAUAUAUUAUUAAUUUUAUUACUUUUGUAGUUUUUAGUUUUCAUUUUUAAAACUGAAAUAUAUAUAUUUCUCAAGUUAA